AUGGUGGCUGCUCCCCUGGUAUCUGGCAGGCUGCCUACAAGCUCAUCAGUUGUCCGUGCUCCCACUGCAGAGGUUUUUCGUGAUGUGCCACCGUGCGAGCGAAGAAGUCGUGUCAGCCCAAGUGCGCUAUGCGGUUGGCUGGGGAUGGCGGUAGGCUUGGGCUGCCGGGACCACUGGCCAGCCCGGCGCCGCAGUUGCCUCCAUCCCUUGCAUGGCAGGUCCGCCUCGCAUGCCUCGCUUGGGAAGGACGUAAUGGAUGUAGAACCUGCCGCUCCCGAGUCCACUGCAGAAAAAGUUGAUGACCCGAAGCCGAGCUUCGAUUGGACUCGACAGUGGUAUCCCAUCCUUCCAACAUCAAUGUUAAAAGCGAACGGCCCGGAACCUAUCAAGCUCUUGGGCCGCGACUUGGUGCUUUGGAAGGAUGGUGCUGGCGAGUGGCGUUGCACUGAUGGGAUUUGCCCACACAGACUGGCACCCUUGGCACAUGGAAGAGUUACACCGGAUGGUCAACUCAUGUGCCGUUUUCAUGGCUGGACUUUCAAUGGCGAUGGUUCUUGUGUGAAGGUACCAAUGGCAGAAGGUGACGCCAAAGCGGAGUCAACAUUGAUUGGCGCUUCUUGCAGCAAGCUUAAGUCGUAUCCGACCAAGACGGUCAAGGGCUUAGUGUUUGUGUGGCCAAACAGCGACAGCGCGGAGGAGGCGUCCAAAACGGACCCCUUUGUUGCUGACGAGUUGGCGGACAGCCCGAACUGGAGUGUAUUCGAUGCACCUGCAAGCUGGAGGGUUUGGUUGGAACAAAGCUGGGAUCCCAGCCAUGCCCCGUUCUUGCAUCAAUAUGCCCUUCCAAACUUUGCUCCGGAGCUUGCUUUUGCCAUGGAGCCCUUUGAAGUCGAGGACCUUGGGGACGAUGGACUCAGUGCUAGCCACGGAGGUUACAUGCAAAGCAACAAGGGAAUGAAAGCUUUCAGGCGCUUUGCUCCGCCGUGCGCAAACUCGACACAAUACUUGUACCCAGAUGGCAGAACUAUUGGAUUCAAUUUCUAUUUCGUGCCUACGGAGCAAGGCAAAGUCAGGCAAAUCACAACGUCCUACUUCGUUCCAGCUCCUACCGAUACAGGAGAAGACAGUGGGUUGUCAGGAAACAUGAUGCAGAUGUCAAAAGUUGUUCUGAAGGGGCGCACAGUUGGUAGCAUAGAUAAGGAGCGUACAAGCAUUUUCAAGACUGUCAACCGGCGAAUACGUAAAAGAUGGCCUUUUCUGGAUCAGAUUGAGGAAGGUCUGAAAAGCUGGAAGUUGAUGCAAGGUCUCAUCGGAGACCAGGACAAUACGGUUCUUUCAUUCCAAGACUCUGUCGGACUGCCAGCAGUUCGUAGCGGAUACUUGCGCAAACCUCGGUCGUCUGAUAAGUAUGGCGGGCCACCAACGGAGUACCUCCUGGAAACGAACGCUGAUGAGCUCGUCUCGCGCUUUGAUUCCUGGGUAAGUGCUCGUGGAGGGGGUCCAUUCGGAGGCCAAGGCGGCAGCAACAGCAACAGCUCUCCAGGUGUGUUUGACCGCUGGGAAGCGCACACCUGCUUCAGCAAGGAUGCACAAGCGGCCUUGGCCUUUUUAUCUGGUACGGCUGACUGCUUGGAAAGUCGAGUGCUGCCCACAUGUUUGGUGAUGGCCGCGCUUUGCAUGGUCUGUGGACUGACCCGCGUCGCGGGGCUCCCAACUGUAGCUGCUGCGGCGGCCAUCAUUGCAAAGACUCGACUGCGAAAGCAUGCGCAAGGCUUCCUCACUGGUCUCCCUCCUGCGCCCGGGCUGCCGCUGCGCAAGCUGUGGGAGUGA